GACCUCCCCGAUCUGGUCAUAAUAAGCAGAGAGAAGAGCAAUCUGGCAUUUCAAAUUUUGGCUACAAAAAUCUUCAUCUCUGCUCCUCCCAUCUCUCCGUUUAGGUCAUAAUGCGUUGCUGAUCUGAAACCCAUUCACUAAUCGAGUUCCGAUCCAAAAUUCCGAUCAAUGUUGCGGUUAAAAGCAUUCCGUCCGUCGAACGAGAAGAUCGUCAAGAUUCAGUUGCAUCCCACGCAUCCAUGGCUCGUCAGCGCCGACGCCUCCGAUCACGUCUCCGUUUGGAACUGGGAACACCGCCAGGUGAUUUACGAGCUCAAAGCCGGCGGCGUCGACCACCGACGCUUGGUCGGAGCCAAGCUGGAGAAGCUCGCCGAGGGUGAAACAGACUCCAAGGGGAAACCUACUGAAGCCAUGCGUGGUGGGAGUGUUAAGCAGGUAAACUUUUACGAUGAUGACGUGCGCUUUUGGCAACUUUGGCGCAACCGUUCUGCCGCUGCGGAGGCUCCAUCGGCUGUCAAUAAUGUAGCAUCACCAUUUAGUUCUCCUGCUCCAACAACCAAAGGAAGACACUUUCUUGUCAUCUGUUGUGAAAACAAAGCCAUAUUUUUGGACUUGGUGACAAUGCGCGGCCGUGAUGUGCCAAAGCAAGAACUGGACAACAAAUCACUUCUCUGUAUGGAAUUCCUUUCUAGAUCUGCUGUUGGUGAUGUUCCUCUUGUAGCUUUUGGUGGAUCAGAUGGUGUUAUUAGAGUACUUUCAAUGAUGACGUGGAAGCUUGUAAGAAGAUACACCGGAGGUCACAAAGGAUCCAUAGCUUGUUUGAUGACAUUUGUGUCUACUUCUGGUGAGGCUCUCCUGGUCUCUGGGGGUAAUGAUGGUUUGCUUGUAGUUUGGAGUGCAGAUCAUGCUCAAGAUUCAAGAGAACUCGUACCCAAGCUCAGUAUAAAGGCACAUGAUGGUGGGGUUGUGGCUGUUGAACUUUCUAGAGUGAUUGGAGCAGCUCCUCAGCUUAUCUCAAUUGGUGCAGAUAAGACAUUAGCUAUAUGGGACACGAUUUCUUUCAAGGAGCUGCGACGCAUUAAACCUGUCUCUAAACUAGCUUGCCAUAGUGUGGCAUCCUGGUGCCACCCUCGUGCUCCAAACCUUGAUAUAUUGACUUGCGUAAAAGAUUCCAAUAUAUGGGCCAUUGAACACCCAACUUACUCUGCUCUCACAAGGCCGUUGUGUGAACUUUCUUCUCUGAUCCCUCCACAUGUGAUCGCUCCCAAUAAGAAAAUUAGGGUAUACUGUAUGGUUGCACAUCCUUUACAGCCUCAUCUGGUUGCUACUGGGACCAACGUCGGUAUUAUUAUCAGUGAAUUUGAUCCCAAAUCUCUUCCAGCUGUAGCUCCCCUACUAACACCAUCAGGAAGUCGAGAGCAUUCUGCUGUGUAUGUUAUUGAAAGGGAACUUAAGCUAAUAAACUUUCAGUUAUCCCAGACAGCAAAUCCAACUCUUGGAAAUAAUGCUUCUUUGAAGGGAGAUUCACUUGAAACGUUACAUGUCAAACAGAUUAAGAAGCACAUUAGUACGCCUGUUCCGCAUGACUCGUAUUCGGUUCUUUCUGUAAGCAGUUCGGGAAAGUAUCUUGCUAUAGUCUGGCCAGAUAUUCCGUACUUCUCUAUUUACAAAGUUAGUGACUGGUCCGUAGUUGAUUCAGGCAGUGCCAGGCUUUUGGCUUGGGACACAUGCCGUGACAGAUUUGCCAUACUGGAAGCGUCAUUGCCUCCUCGAAUUCCUGUAGUUCACAAGGGUAGUUCGUCCAGAAAAGCAAAAGAAGCAGCUGCAGCUGCAGCACAAGCUGCUGCUGCAGCAGCAUCAGCUGCUUCUGCAGCCAAUGUACAAGUUCGUAUUCUGCUGGAUGAUGGCACCUCAAAUAUUUUAAUGAGAUCCAUAGGUGGUCGCACUGACCCGGUCAUUGGAUUGCAUGGAGGGGCACUUCUUGGUGUUGCAUAUCGAACAUCUAGGAGAAUUAGUCCAGUUGCUGCAACCGCUAUUUCAACAAUUCAAUCCAUGCCCCUGUCUGGAUUUGGAGGUGCUGGUGUUUCUUCUUUUUCCACUUAUGAUGAUUUUUCUUCUAAGUCUCCAGCUGAGGCUACACCCCAAAAUUUUCAGCUAUAUAGUUGGGAAACUUUUCAACCUGUUGGUGGUCUACUUCCUCAUCCAGAAUGGACAGCAUGGGAUCAAACGGUUGAGUAUUGCGCUUUUGCAUAUCAGAAAUACAUAGUCAUAUCGUCUUUACGCCCACAAUAUAGAUACCUGGGAGAUGUUGCAAUUCCAAAUGCUACUGGUGCUGUUUGGCAUCGGCGACAGUUGUUUGUUGUCACCCCUACCACCAUCGAGUGCGUUUUUGUGGAUGCUGGGGUCGCAGCAAUUGAUAUCGAAACAAAAAAGAGGAAAGAUGAGAUGAAGCUUAAGGAGGCACAAGCGAAAGCCCUUGUUGAGCAUGGUGAUUUAGCACUAAUUGCAGUCGAUGGUCCUCAAUCUGCUAAUCAAGAAAGAAUAGCAUUGAGGCCCCCAAUGCUACAGGUGGUGCGAUUAGCCUCAUUUCAGCAUGCUCCAUCUGUGCCCCCGUUCUUAACCUUGUCAAAGCUAUCUAGAGUUGAUGGAGAUGAUUCUGGGAUGACAGAAGAAAGAAAGGUUAAUGAGGUGGCUGUUGGUGGUGGAGGGGUCUCAGUUGCAGUUACUCGCUUUCCAAUAGAGCAGAAACGACCUAUAGGACCUCUGGUUGUGGUGGGCGUCAAAGAUGGGGUUCUUUGGCUAAUUGAUAGAUACAUGAGUGCUCAUGCCUUAUCCCUCAGCCACCCUGGUAUCCGCUGCCGCUGCCUUGCUGCUUAUGGAGAUGCUGUUAGUGCUGUGAAAUGGGCAAGUAGACUAGGUAGAGAACAUCAUGAUGAUUUAGCACAGUUUCUGCUAGGGAUGGGUUAUGCUACUGAGGCACUCCAUUUGCCUGGAAUAUCUAAGAGGUUGGAGUUUGAUUUGGCCAUGCAGAGCCGUGAUAUAAAAAGAGCUCUCCAGUGCCUUCUCACAAUGAGCAACAGCAGGGACUUGGGGCAAGAUUCAGGAUUUGAUUUGAAGGACAUUCUAACUGUAACAACUAAGAAAGAGAACAUAUUGGAAGCUGUCCAAGGAAUAGUGAAGUUUACAAAGGAGUUUUUGGAUCUUAUUGAUGCCGCAGAUGCUACUGGACAGAGGGAAAUUGCUCGGGAGGCUCUUAAGAGGUUGGCUGCUGCGGCUUCUGUGAAAGGCGCCUUACAGGGUCAUGAAUUAAGAGGACAAGCUCUUCGGUUAGCCAAUCAUCAAGAGUUGACACGGCUUAGUAAUUUGGUAAAUAAUUUAAUAUCCGUUGGAGCUGGACGCGAAGCAGCAUUCGCAGCUGCAGUUUUGGGAGACAAUGCCCUUAUGGAGAAGGCUUGGCAGGAUACUGGAAUGCUUGCUGAGGCUGUGCUUCAUGCCCAUGCUCAUGGGAGACCAACAUUGAAGAACUUGGUUCAGGCAUGGAAUAAAAUGUUACAAAAGGAGGUUGAGCACACCCCAUUAGAAAAAACAGAUGCAGCAGCAGCAUUUUUGGCUUCUUUGGAGGAACCCAAGCUUACAAGCUUAGCGGACGCUGCCAAGAAACCACCAAUUGAAAUCCUUCCUCCAGGGAUGCCAUCUCUUACAGUUGCUAUGGCUGUUCAAAAGAAACCGCCUCCAGGGGCUCAAAAUUCACUGCAGCAACCAGGCAAGCCACUGUUGUUAGAAGGAGCCCCUGCUGCUACACCAGCCCCUUCAACUGCGCCACAACAAUCCAAAUCAGGUGAAACCACUUCAGACAAUAAACAUCCUGCUUCAUCAACAGACAGCAAUCCAGCUCCAGUUGCUUCUGGAGAAAGUGUCCCAGAAAAUUCUAAGAAUGAUUUGGCACCAUCGGAUGCGCCACCGCAAGCCCCACAAUCUGAUGCAGCCUCUCAAGCACCAGAGUCUGAUGCAGCCUCCCAAGCACCACAAUCUGAUGGAGCCUCCCAAGCACCACAAUCUGAUUCAGCAUCGGAAGCACCACAAUCUGAUGUCCCAUCCCAAGCGCCACAACAUGAUGCCCCAUCCCAAGCGACAGAACCUGAGGCGGCAUCCCAAGCGACACAACCUGAGGCCCCAUCCCAAUCGCCACAACCUGAGGCCUCAUCCCAAGCGCCAGAAAUGGAGACCCCAUCCCAAGCGGCACAACCUGAGACGCCAUCCCAAGUGCCACAACAGGAAGCCCCAGCAUCAGCCGCAGCGCCACAACAAGAGGUCCCAUUCCAAGCGCCACAGUCAGAGACCCCAUCACAAGUGCUACAACCACAGGUCCCAAUCCAGAUGCCACCAUUACAAACCCGACCUCAGGUGCCAGCAGCAAGAUUGCCAAUAAGUGAUGAUUGGCUUAAUUAACUUAUAAAUAGAAACCUGUUGUGUAUCAGAUGACUGCCAGAUAUGUGAUUUUCUCCCAAAGCUCCGUGGCCUUUGUCAUAUAAGG